GGCAGUCCAGCUACCCCGAGUAGCCGCUGCCGUGGAAACCUCCAGAGCUCCGAUCCUCGCCCGCGCUUUUCGCCGACUCCUCGGGCUGCCGCAGCCCAGGAAGGAGGCCACUCCCGGCCGGGCGCUAGCUCUGCAAGGCGGACCUGCAACCCGGAAAGGCGGCGCGGCGGGGCCCGGAGCCGGAUCCUGCUCGGACCUGGCCCCCGCGGGCCGGGACCGCUGGCAUGUCGGAGGCGCGGAAGGGGCCGGACGAGACAGAUGAGAGCCAGUAUGACUCGGGCAUCGAGUCUCUGCGCUCUCUGCGCUCCCUGCCCGAGCCCACCUCGGCCCCAGCCUCUGGGCCCUCGGAUGGUCACGGCCCCCAGCCCGGGACUCAUCCUCCGGGAACAGCCCAGGAGCCACAGGAGAAGGAAGAUACAGAUGGGGAGCGAGCUGACUCCACCUAUGGUUCCUCGUCGCUCACCGAGCCCUUGCCCUUAUUGGGGGGCACAGAGACCGAGAAUCCAGCCCCACGCUCGCCGCUUCCCGCCGCGGGGGCGCUGAGCCCUCAGCAGCUGGAAGCCCUCACUUAUAUCUCCGAAGAUGGAGACACGCUGGUCCACCUAGCGGUGAUUCACGAGGCCCCAGCUGUGCUGCUCUGUUGCCUGGCUUUGCUGCCCCGGGAGGUCCUGGACAUUCAGAACAACCUUUACCAGACAGCACUCCAUCUGGCUGUACACCUGGACCAGCCCGGCGCAGUUCGGGCCCUGGUCCUGAAGGGGGCUAGUCGCAUGCUACAGGAUCGACACGGUGACACAGCUCUGCACGUGGCUUGUCAGCGCCAACACCUGGCCUGUGCCCGCUGCCUGCUGGAGGGGCGGCCUGAGCCAGGCCAAGGACCACUGCACUCCCUGGACCUCCAGCUGCAAAACUGGCAAGGUCUGGCCUGUCUCCACAUCGCCACCCUGCAGAGGAACCGGCCUCUCAUGGAACUGCUGCUUCAAAACGGAGCUGACAUCGACACGCAGGAGGGCACGAGUGGAAAGACCGCGCUGCAUCUGGCUGUGGAGACCCAGGAGCGGGGGCUGGUGCAGUUCCUGCUCCAGGCUGGUGCACGUGUAGAUGCCCGCAUGCUCAACGGCUGCACCCCUCUGCACCUCGCAGCUGGUCGGGGCCUCAGCAGCAUCUCAUCUGCUUUGUGUGAGGCCGGCGCCGACUCCCUGCUGCGGAACGUGGAGGACGAGACUCCCCAGGACCUGGCUGAGGAUCCCUUGGCUCUUUUGCCCUUUGAUGACUUGAAGAUCUCUGGGAAGCCACUGCUGUGUGCUGACUGAAGCCGGGGCAGAGUCUGGGGCCCGGAGACUCCAUCUUUUCCCAUCUGGAAGCUGGAGCUUUAGCUGCUGCAGCUUGGGCCCAGACAACGUGCCCUCCUGGUGUCCUGAGGACUGCUGAGGCCACAGCCAGGCCAGCACAGUCCUGAGCUGAGAGGAGGGAUCACAAGUGAGAGAAGGCCAGUCUAGAAGGAAGACCUUCCUAGGUGGAUGGAGAUUCUUGAAGACUCCGAAGCCCCCGGUAUCCUAGGCAAAGCCUGUUUGCCUCUAGAGAAUGGCAGGGGCUCUUGUUUCUACCCACGUUGGGUCAGCCUGAAACUGCCAAUCAGUAGGAAAACAUGGACUCUCCCGAGUGAGGAGAGAAACUGAAAUCAGCAAGCAGGACCCUGAGGGGUUCCAUCUCACUGCUGUUGAGGACUCUUAAACACUGUUGUUUAAAGACUUCACACAGAAGGCCCUGAACUGAGCCUUUGGGGAAGGGGAAGUUUCAAUAACAUGACACUAAAACAGCAGAGACCUUUAAAAAGAUCCCCCCUCCCAGAGUCAUUUUGCGCACACACGUCUGUGUGCAUGCAUUGGGGAUAUUUAGGUAGGCCUGCCUUGUGACCUUAUGGUAGAGACAAAGAGAAGGAAAUUGCUCCCUGAGCAGGGUAGAACCUUCAUAGGUGUGUGUGUGUGUGUGUGUGUGGUGGGAGUGGGGGGGAGCUAACAGUCCUCAGGCCUCUCUGUCCAUCACAAACCCUUGCCCUUCGUGUGGAAACAGAGGGAUAAAGAGGAGGUGAGAUGCGAAGCCCCCCCCCCCAGGGGGGUUGCUCAUCACUGCCUUAGAGGAGCCUGGAGAGAAGGGCUGGCCUACGGAGGGUAACACAAGGGAGCUAUGGCUUUGUAUGUUUUUCCUUUCAUUCCACACGUUUGAAGCCCUUGUUAGGUGAAUAUGGUCAGUAUGGGUAUGGGGGAAUAAACCAACACAAUCUCUGGCCACUUGGAUCUUAUAGUCUAGUGAAUGAGGCAGCCAUUAAAAUCAUAAACAGCCAAAUAAAUAUGUAAUUACAA